AUGCUGGAUAAGGCAUCCGUUGAAAAAGAAAUUGUCGUUGUGACUGAGCAGGAGGUCGCAAAGAAUACAAAAGCAACUAAAGAGCCACCUAAAGGUAAAUGGCGGCGGUGGAAAGUAUCAAUAUAUGCGAUCGAUGAAACAGGGGAAAAGUGUCCUCUAACUUUCGUUGAAAAAGUAGAAUAUAAUUUGCAUCAAACAUUUUCUAACCCGCGACAAGCACCAUUUAUACUCACUGAAACUGGCUGGGGUGAAUUUGACAUGAAAAUUGUAUUUCAUUUCGUGGAUAAGAAUAUUCCGCCCUCGUCCAUAUACCAUGACCUCAAUUUCCAGAAACCUCUCUAUGAAGUCUCUUAUACAUUGAAAUUCGUUAAUCCCGGUCCGUCUUUCCGUAAAUUGCUGUUUCAAGAGAUACCUCUUGAUUCACCAGCCUCUCAAAAAACCACACCUAGCAGACAAAAAAAAUCCAAAUCUUCAACAUCCAUGUCCAAAUGGCAGAGAACAGACUCACCAGUCACUUCAACAUAUGAAUCACCUCAGUCUUCGCGUUCUUCGUGUUCAAUAGGUGAAUCUACAAAUGACAAGGAGAAUUGUCAAGUGGAUUAUAACAAGCUUGCCAAAAAUCUUUACGAUUUGGAAGGUGAUGAUAUUCUUGAGGUGAUACAUCUUGUAAAAGAGCAUCGAACAGGCGACAUGUAUAUUAAUGAAGAGAUUGAAGGUGAAUUUCAUCUAGACCUACAUACUCUUGGAGAUAAUUUACUGCAGAUUUUAUGGGAUUUCACAGAAUCAAGACUUCUGAAAACUAUGUCUUACUGA